AUGACCGUCACACCCGAUUUGUCGACCGGGUAUGUCGGAAACCUGACACCCGACCAAGAUUUAAAGCUGCGUGAACUAUGGAUCAUCCUGUUCACCUCUAUCUCCUCUGUUCUCUCUAAGAUAUACGACGUACCAAUCCCAAAGGGCUCGCCAAGCAAGCUAUUCGAGGUUUUUGAGAAAAUCAAGGAGCCAACUGUCGAUGCCAUCCUUAGUGCCCUAAAGGGAGAUGACGCCAACGAUACACACCAGUCAAAUGGCACAAACGGCACCAAUGGUACUACCAAUGGCGAUAGCCAAGAGCAGAAGUCGCUUGACAAAGUGGAAGACCUCAUGAGCAAUGGCGAUGCCCAGAAAAACAUUAAGGAGGAAAUGGCGACUCGGAAGGUUUUGCCAGAGCACUUUUCCGUUGUUUUCGAUCAACUGCGCAAGUCAGGCGUCAGUGAUUCGGAAAUUAAGUCUAUGGAAAAGAUCCUGGCAAAAAUGACCCCCCAGGAUAUGUGCUUCGCUAUCCUAAAGAUGGCGAAACAGGAACACCCCGACAGCUUAUUGCUCCGUUUUCUACGAGCCAGAAAGUGGGAUGUUGGAAAAGCUUUCACAAUGUUGGCAACCAAUAUCUUGUGGAGAAAGGAGAUGGAGGUUGACGAUGAUAUCCUGCCUAAAGGAGAGUUGUAUGCUCUUGAGCAAUCUCGCGAUGACAAGCUAUCCACCAAGGAAAAGAAGGAAGGUAAUGAUUUCAUUGCGCAGUUGAAGACUGGUAAGAGCUUUUUGCACGGCUUCGAUAGACAGGGCCGACCGGUCAACUAUGUGCGAGUCAAGAUUCAUAAACCUGGGGCCCAAAGUGAAGAGGUCCUUGAGAGAUACAUUGUUCAUGUUAUCGAGUCAACUCGACUAAUUGUGGCCCCGCCCGUCGAGACAGGAACUAUUGUCUUCGAUAUGACAGGAUUUGGCUUGUCGAACAUGGAGUACCAACCAGUCAAGUUUAUUAUCAAGUGCUUUGAAGCAAAUUACCCAGAAUCAUUGGGUCAGCUUCUGAUUCAUAAUGCACCUUGGAUUUUCUCAGGUAUCUGGAAACUCAUUCACGGUUGGAUGGACCCAGUUGUCGCCUCCAAGGUGCACUUUACCAAGUCUGUGAAGGACUUGGACAAGUAUAUUUCCCGCGACCAGAUCCCGAGAGAGCUCGCUGGCGACGAAGACUGGGAGUACAAAUAUGUCGAGCCCAAGGAAGAUGAGAACGAAAGAAUGAAAGACAAGUCCACUGGUGAUGAGAUCAUGUAUGAGAGACUGAUGAUCGGCAUCAAGCUACUGGCGUCAACAGCUGCAUGGAUCUCAGCUACUACCUAUGCAGAGGGCAAACAAGAUGCCAUAAAAGUGGAAGAACUGAAGGCGCGACGAAGCACGGUCGUUGAGGACUUCAGACAGAACUACUGGAAGAUCGACCCCUAUAUCCGGGCGCGGGCGCUCAUUGAUCGGUCUGGGGUUCUCGAACCCGGUGGCAGAGUGGUGGUGACCCCAGAGACUACCAAGAAGAACGGCUCCAGUUCUGUUAAGAUUGAAUGA